GUUUAGUUAAUGCAAGUAAUAUCCUGCAUAACCUGGCUAGUUUUGCGGUCGCUGUGUCCAGAGCUAAGGCUUUCCAAUCAAUCCUAAGAGGGUCAGCGGUCCGGCCUAGUCGUGAUAUGAUUGAUCCAUUCAGUGCAUCCUGCAGACGGGAGGGUGUGAGAAGCGCAAGAAUGCCCAGAUGCGAACAAACCUGGAAACUGACUUUCCGAUGUGCUGCACGUAAACGUGUCGAGCGCGAUGCAUCUGUCAGGCCGAAUGGAUAAUAUUAGUGGCAGCUCGCCCCGCUGAUAUGUUUAUCUUUAACUCUAUCUACAAUGUUCUGGGGCCGAAGAUCCUCGCCCUGAGAUGAUCGCACCGACAGCCUUGUCACUGUCCCAUCGGGCCGCCGUCACGGCCCAACCGCGCCUCGCGGAACGCCAAAUAGUGAUUACGCAAACCAUUACAAGCUCCGAAAUUGUGUACACAACCGUUGUAACACUCGGGCGCGGCGGCGGCACAACGGCAGGUUCAUCAACAUCAACAUCAACCAGCGUACCAGCUGCACCUGUCACACCAGUUUCGGCAGGUACGUCCGGUGGAUUGACACAAGCUCAGAUUGGAAUCAUUGUGGGAUGCUGCGUCGGAGCGGCUGUACUUGUGGUCUUGGCAUGGUGUUGUUUGGCUUGUACGAAGCGCAGGAAAUUCCCAGAGCCGUCCAUUGAGGAUGAUUCCAGUUACACCACGUAUACCACCUAUGAGUCCGCCGAGGUCACACGGCCAUCAGCAUCAGCAGCUCGCUGGUCAAACUAUUAUCGGGUCCGACCCCCGUACCCGCCUCGAUAUAGGGCGGUUGACCCGGGUCCGAGAUGGACGACGAACGCUCGCGGAAGGGCGGUAAAUACGGGACCGAGGUGGACGGCAAACCCAGGACCAAGGUACACAACCAAUGCUCGGGCAAGCACUACUUACGUUCGAAGAUAAUAUCUUCUACCUCUUUGUGAGAGCAAGGAAACACGCUUCUGUUCAAAGGAAGACAACGUUAUACCGAUGCGCUCAGGUAUUUGUGGGACAGCAUGAACUACACGGUUAUAAACCCUAAAAUACAGGGCGCAUUAAGAAUCAAUCUUUCAUGAUAGUCUCCUUUCAAGUUAUCCAUGAUGUUCGAUGAUGGUGUUGGGAACGGUGAUAGGGAACGUCAAAUUUCAGUUGGUCGUCUUGAGCUGGCGUGAUAAUUAUGUAGUAGUUAUAGUAAUCAAAUACCAUUCCUUA